GUGGGUGUGAGGGCGAAGGUAAGUGUAGUGCUUCCGGUGGUCGCGGUGCAUUGUGGUCGAGAAGACGUUGAGAGUUUUGUGCUUCGCGCCUGAGCCGAACGGAACGAGUCGCCAUGUCUCACACAAUUUUGCUUGUUCAACCUACCAAACGACCAGAAGGCAGGACUUAUGCUGAUUAUGAAUCUGUGAAUGAAUGCAUGGAAGGAGUCUGUAAAAUGUAUGAAGAGCAUCUGAAGAGAAUGAAUCCUAACAGCCCUUCAAUUACAUAUGAUAUUAGCCAGUUAUUUGAUUUCAUUGAUGACUUGGCCGACCUCAGCUGCCUUGUUUACCGUGCUGAUACUCAGACAUACCAGCCAUACAAUAAAGACUGGAUAAAGGAGAAGAUCUAUGUCCUCCUCCGCAGACAAGCUCAGCAAGCAAGCAAAUAGACACCAUGGUUAAGGGGGUUUUGAGGGAAGGGUUUUGACAACAGGUGUGUACAGCGUUCUGUAGUAAAAGUUUUGUAUUGUAGUCCUCCUGUUCAUUCUUGUUAGCCUGUAUCUGAGACAAAAAUCUGUUAGAAUUCCCAGGGACUUUCUCAGUUUAAUACUCGAAGAAAAAAAGAUAUGCCUUCCACAGGUCUUUUAGUUUAAUUGUCUUUGCUUAGACAGUUCUUCUUUCGUUCCUCACUCCCGGGAUUGUUCAAUUCUGCUUUACCACAUUCGCUGUAUGUACUCCUCUUUGGGGGUUUUUCCAAUGUUAUUUCUUGGAGGCAGUCACGGUGAAGAAUAAAAUAAAUACUCUUUAGAUAAA